AUGUUCUCGAGUCUGUCUCCAUUCUCUCACUCUUCUAUCGAGGAGUGUGCUCCAGACGAAGUGUUUUCAUCUUGCGGCUGGUGCGAACCUUCAUGUGUGGUUCCUUCACCCAGUUGCCCUUCAGCAUGUACUAGAGGCUGUCUUUGCCGCCCGCCGCUGCUGAGACACCACAGUGGACAUUGUGUCAAAAAAGAGGAUUGUGUUCCACGUAAGUGUUCACAACCAAACGAGGAGUUCGUAUGCAGACACGGUUGUGAGGAUCGUUGUGUGUCUGUACAGUGUGAGAGAAGGAGCAGAUGUCGUCUGGGGUGUCACUGUAAACGAGGAAUGAUGAGAGACACGCGGGGACAGUGUGUCACCCCGGAACAAUGUGAUCAUUAA